AGCAAUGAGACCUGAAUGGCUAAGUUUAGGAGGCUUUCAGUUUACAAGGUAGAUCCAGUAGAGAGGGAGAGCGCAUUCAAGUGGCAGAAACCAAAGUUUGGUGAAGCUCGUUCACUGAAAGUAGAAAAUAUUCUGUAUAGGGGGAAAUCAGAGUUCCAAGAGAUUUUGGUGUUUGAGUCCUCAAUAUAUGGAAAAGUCCUUGUUCUUGAUGGCCUUGUCCAGCUGAGUGAGAAAGAUGAAUGUGCAUACCAGGAGAUGAUAGCACAUCUACCUCUUUGUUCAAUUCCAUCCCCCAAGACAGUUCUGGUUGUUGGCGAUGGUGAUGGUGGGGUUCUUAGGGAGGUUUCUCGCCAUCCUUCUGUUGAGCAUAUUGAUAUAUGUGAGAUAGAUAAGAUGGUUAUUGAUGUGUCCAAGAAGUUUUUUCCUCGGUUGGCUGUUGGAUUUGAGGACCCUCGCGUGCACCUUCACAUCGCUGAUGCUACUGAAUUCUUAAGGCUUGCACCUGUUGGUAUGUUUUACUUUUACAAUAGUUUUUGCUUAAACGUACGGUUUCCUUUGGAUGCAGGUCCCGCCCAAGAGCUUGUAGAGAAGCCAUUUUUUGAGACAAUAGCUAGAGCAUUAAGGCCUGGUGGUGUUCUCUGUAACAUGGCAGAGAGCAUGUGGCUCCAUACACAUCUUAUUCAAGAUCUGAUCUCUGUUUGCCAUCAAACAUUCAAGGGGUCUGUCGAAUAUGCUUGGGCGAGUGUUCCUACGUAUCCAAGUGGUGUGAUAGGUUUUCUGCUGUGCUCAACAGCGUGGCCUCCCGUUGAUUUCAAAAACCCCGUCAAUUCUAUUGAGAAGUUAGAAGGAGCUCUCAAACAUAAGAGAGAACUCCAGUUCUAUAACUCCGAGAUGCACUCAGCUGCCUUUGCGUUGCCUUCUUUCUUGAGAAGGGAGGUGAGUGCGCUACAUGAAUCUUCAACUCCGGCAAGACAAAUCGGGGAUAAGUAGUUAUUAGUAGAGACAACGGUUGCUUGAGUAGCAAAUGGAAAGCUAGAAAAUAGGUAAUUUGUCAAGUGUUGGUGGGUUGGGUUCAUGAGCUCUUCUUUCGGAGGCAUUGGUGGGAUUUCGAUAAUUGUGGAUGAUAUGGACAUUUGACAUUUAAUGUUAUUGGAAAGUUUACCAUGGCUAUCAAAUAAUUAUGUAUCCGACUUUAAAUUAUGGUUUUAUACUUUAUACUCGAAAUUCUGAUUUU